AUGAGCGUACGAAGGUGUUACUUUAAGACUGAUUGGUUGACUGAUCCAAACUUUAACUUAUGGGUAGAAGAGUGCAAAUCAAACAGUUCUGUGAUUUUUUGCAAGAUAUGCAAGAAAAAUGUGGACAUAUCAAAUAUGGGUGUUUCAGCCUUAAAGAGUCAUAUGAAAAGCGUUAAACAUAUUAAGUUAACAACAGCUAUUAAUUCAACUACUAAUGUUGCUCAGUAUUUUCAAAAUCACCAGUUAAGCAACAGCAGUUUAGGUAUUGAAAAACCAUCCAGCAGUGAAAACAAAUCAAGAGUAGUUCCAGAAAAAACUCUAUCUCUUCAAGAAAAAGGUUUAAUUUCGGAAGCUGUACUAAAAUCUGAAAUAAUUUGGACAAUUAACAUGGUUCUCAAACAUUAUUCGUUUAAUUCCAGCAAAAACAAUGGCAAACUGUUUUCAGCCAUGUUUCCAGACAGCGAAAUAGCCAAAAGCUUUGCGUGUGGUGCUACAAAAAUGGCAUACACAUUAUGCUUCGGAAUUUCACCAUUUAUUAAGGAAAAAUUAUUAUCAAAAAUAAGAAAAUCCAAACAUUUCACCGCUUACUUUGAUGGAAGCGUGGAUAAAUAUUUACAAAAAGAUCAAAUUGAUGUUAUUAUUCGCUUUUGGGAUGAAAGCCAGAUAACCUCAAGAUAUAUGAGUUCAGCAUUUUUGGGCCAUGCAAAGGCGUCAGAUAUUAUAAAGGCCAUAAAAAACGAAAUUGCGGAGUUAAAUUCCCAAAAACUUCUUCAGAUAGGUAUGGAUGGACCUAAUGUUAACCUUAAGGUACUAAAAGAGUUUGUGGACCAAAGAAGAAAUGAAAAUGAAGAUUAUCCCCAACUUAUUGAUAUUGGGAGCUGCAGUAUUCACACUUUACAUAGAUCUUUUCAAGUUGCAGUGCAGGAAACGGGGUGGGACUUGGCCUCUAUUUUAAGAGGAUUGUGGCAAAUUUUUAAAGAUUCUCCUGCAAGGAGGAGCGAUUUUGAAGAAAUAAGUAAAAAUAAAAUUUUCCCACUAAAAUUCUGUGCGACGAGAUGGACAGAAGAUGUCUCCGUAGCUGAAAGAGCCAUACAAAUAUGGCCAGAUGUAUGUUUGUUCGUCAGUUCUUACAAGGAUAAACCACGCUCAGCAACGAGCUGCCAAUCCUUUCAAACUAUUAAAAAAGCUACUAAUGAUCCACUGUUGGUAGCAAAACUAAGUUUUUUCUCUUUUGUCGGCGGCCACUUAAAAACGUACCUUACUCUUUACCAAACAGAUGCACCAAUGAUACCUUUUCAAGCAAAUGACAUUAUGGAACUAUUGUUUUCAAUCGCAUCUCUUUUUAUAAAAAGAGAUAUUUUGGAUAAAAUGGAAAACCAUAAAGACCUGUGCUCAGUUGAUGUCAAGGAUUCAAAAAAUGUAGUUUUGGCCAAAGAUGUUGAAAUAGGCUUUUCCACAAAAAAAUAUAUAAAAGACUCUUUAAAAGAGAAUAAAAUAAUGCAACAAAGGCUUGAUAUAUUUUAUUCAAACUUUUUACAAAAUAAAAAUGAAUAUGUGGAUUUAUGGGAUAUUAUAAAAAUAAUUCUUACUUUAUCGCAUGGACAAGCAUCUGUAGAAAGAGGGUUUUCAGUAAAUAAAGAGAUAACCGUCGAAAAUUUAUCCGAGAAAGCUUUACAAGCAUCCAGAUUAGUUUAUGAUGAAUAUAAAAACAAAGAUAUUUCAAAGCUUAAUUUUGAAAAAGAACUUUUAUCGCAUGUACGAUCUUCAAGAAUGAGGUAUCAAAAUUACUUGGAUGACGAAAAAACAAAAAAAACAGAGGAUGAGAAAACAAAGAAGCGUACAAAGGUCUUAGAAGAAGUUAAUGAGCUAAAGAAGAAAAAAAUUAAACUGGAAAAAACUGUAGAAACUUUAAAUAAAGAUGCCGACGAAUUGGCAAGAAAUGCGGAGAAGAAAAGCGACUUUACCCUUUUAGCAAAAUCAAAUGCAUUCAGAAAUAAAUCAAAAGAAACUCUUUUAAAAAUUAACAGCAUUGCAAACAAUAUAACAGAAUUAUCAAAAAAAAUUACUUAA